UGCAUACAAUAAAAGAUGGUGUUUUUGUGUGUUACAGACCAGGCUUUUGUCACCCUUGCCACAACUGACAAUUAUGCCAAAGGAGCAAUGGUACUUGGCAAGUCGUUGAGGAACCACAACACAUCGAGGAAACUAGUGGCCCUGAUUGGCCCCCAUGUCUCUGAACCCUCCAGAGCAGUGCUUCGCAAGGUCUAUGACGAGGUCAGGCUGGUGGAUGUGCUGGACAGUAGGGAUGCUGCACACUUGGCCAUGAUGAAGAGACCUGACCUGGGCGUCACCUUCACCAAACUCCACUGCUGGACUCUUACAGAAUACUCUAAAUGUGUGUUUAUGGAUGCAGAUACUCUAGUUUUGUCUAACAUAGAUGAGUUAUUUGAUCGAGAGGAGCUCUCUGCCGCACCAGAUCCCGGUUGGCCUGAUUGCUUCAACUCUGGUGUGUUUGUCUUCCGUCCGUCCAACGAGACCUAUGGGCAGCUUCUCACCGCUUGUUCAGAGAAUGGCAGCUUUGAUGGAGGAGACCAAGGAGUCCUGAACGGCUUCUUCGGCGACUGGGCAACAGCCGACAUCAACAAACACCUCCCUUUCAUCUACAACAUGAGCAGCAUAGCCAUCUACACGUACCUCCCUGCGUUUAAACAAUACGGUGCAAACGCGAAGGUGGUGCACUUCCUGGGCCAGAUGAAGCCGUGGAGCUACACGUAUAACCCC